AUGGAGCAACCAAUCGGUUUCAUCUUAGUUUUUGUAGCUUUGGUGUUCUGCAUUAUCUCAAUUAUAAUUUCGUCUAUUGUUCUGUUCCAAGUAGCGCGACAUGCAUGGAAGUUCCCAGACGGUAACCUUUUGCUGGCCAUAGAAAACUAUCUGGCAGUUAUUCUGUGUUCCAUUAUAUUAUUAUCGCUGAAUAUAAGUGCCAUUCAAGGUGAUUUGAAAAUUUACAUAUAUCUCGACUCUCUUGCGUGUCAAGUGCGCGCUUAUGCUUUAUGCUACGCAUUUACAUGGUUGUUUCAUACUUUUGCCUUGCAAGCACUUGGAAGAAUGUCUAAUAUUAUCUUUCAACAUCGAUUUGUAUUCCUGCGUUCAUUACGGGUGGUAAAAAUAUCAGUUGUCAGCUGUCCUUUCAUUCCAUUUAUCCUAUUCUGUCCACUAGUUGCUUUCAAUGAUAUGAGCUAUGAAUCAGCAGAUUUCCAAUGCGCUACCAAUUUUCGUGAGGUGAAAACCUAUGCGUUUUUGUUUGUUGUUGCAUAUUGUACGCCAGUUACCAUAGUUGUCGUGUGUUACAUGGCUGUUAUUCGACGUUUGACGAAAGCAACAUUACGUAUCCAAGAAGUCAGUCAGGGAGCGAUGCGACGCGACAUAGUCGUUCUUCGACGUCUAGUACUUACCGUAUGUUGCCUUGUUUGCACUGGUAUCCCAACGAUUGCAUUUUGGUUUCAGUGGGUAUUUACCAGACAGUUGUAUUUCCUUGCUUAUCGAAUACAAACGGUGUGUCUAUCGUUCGACAUGCUCUUUCUUGCUUUUUCAUUGGUUCUCAUCAAUCCUCAAUUAAAAUCAAUCGUCACUCGCCUUCACGGUCCACGCAUAGCACCCGUCACCGUAAGAGUACGUCCGCUGCAGACCUUAACACGAAUUGUUUGA